UGGAGAGGAUAAACUCACUGAUCCUGAGAUAAGGAACAUGAUGCCCUCAAGCAUCUCCAGCAGUCAUCAAAUGACUCUUGGCAUUCUUAUUUUUGCGAUGAGACAAGAACCAGUGCAGACAGGCCUUAUUCAAUCCUUAGAGCCCGGACAAAGUUUUACUCAAGUGAAUGCACCCUCAGCACACCAGCUUAAUCAAGAACCAGAUAAACCACAUCAAUGCACACAGUGUGGAAAGAGCUUCCUUUACAGAUGUAGACUCCAGCGACAUCAGAGCAUCCACUCAGGAGAGAAGCCGUAUCAGUGCACACAGUGUGGAAAGACUUUUACUCAGCAGAAAUCUCUCAGCAUACACCAACACGUUCACGACGAAAAGAAGCCGUAUCCGUGCUCACAUUGUGGCAAGAUUUUCAUUCGUGAACGUUGUCUCCUGCGACAUCAGCGUGUUCACGAAGAAGAAAAGCCGCAUCACUGCUCACAAUGUGGAAAGAGUUUUGCUCAGAAGCAAUCUCUUCAAAAACACAGAUGCAUUCAAACAGAAGAGAAGCAUCGGUGCUCACAGUGUGGAAAGGUUUUCAUUUACAAAUCUACUCUCCAGCGGCAUGAGCGCAUUCACACAGGAGAGAAGCCAUAUCAUAAGUGCUCGCAGUGUGGAAAGAGGUUUAUUUAUCGAAGUUCUCUCCGACAACACCAGUGCAUAGACGAGGCAAAUGAGCCGUUUCAGUGCUCACAGUGUGGAAAGUGUUUUUAUAACAGGAGUCGUCUCAAGCGCCACUUGACAGUUCACACAGAAGAGAAGCCGUUUAGUUGCUUAAAAUGUGCAAAGGGUUUCAGUUCCAAAUAUCUCCUGCAGUGCCAUGAGCAUGUUCACACAGGAGAGAAGCCAUAUCACUGCUCGCUUUGUGGCAAGAGUUUUACUCGAAAGAGGUGUCUCAUGGUCCAUCAGCGCAUUCACACUGGAGAAAAGCCUUACACAUGCACACAAUGUGGAAAGUGUUUUAACGGACAAAGUACUCUCAAGACACAUCAGCGCAUUCACACUGGAGAAAAACCCUAUCACUGCUCAGAGUGUGGGAAGAGUUUCAGGCAAAAGGGUACUCUUCGAUAUCACAAGUACGUUCACACCGGAGAGAGGCCUUACAUUUGCUCACAGUGUGGAAGGAGUUUUAUUUGCCAAGGUGCUCUCAAUGUACACCAGCGCAUUCACACAGGAGUGAGACCUUAUCACUGCCCAGAGUGUGGGAAGAGUUUUAUUCGAUUAGCUGAGCUUACAAGACACCAGAUCAUCCACACAAAGUCGAACAAAAAUUGAUGGAGCUUACACUCUUGUUACAGAACCUGUAUUAGUGCUGACGGUGUGGACAAGGAUUUACAGUAUAUAUUAAACAGAGGUUUACUUAAGUACAAUAAAUAAGUACAUAAGCAAUUUAAAUGUGAUUGAACUGUAGAUUUUCAGCUGUAUUUCAAGAUGUUUAACCAAUAUAUUGUAUUAUGGUUUAGUAUACAUUUUAUUAUUUUUUUCAACAGCCUCUCAAUUUUCAACAGGUUUGAAAGUAUCUAGACAUAGUAAUAAAAGCAUAGAUAUUUUUAUUAUUUAGGACAUUUUGAGUCAAAAGCUUUGCAGUGAAUUCCUACUCGAAAUCAUGGACAUGAAGGGCUUUAACAAAAUAUUGCCCUAACUACUGUAGUUAGGCGUUAACUAGUCUACGUCCCUCCACUUCCAAGGAUCCAAAGGAUUAAGUAACACUAAUAGUAACAUAUAAAAUAUGACAUACAGUAUUAUGUAGACAUAAUACAUCUGAGCAUUUGAGGGUUAAGGGGCUUGCUCAAAGUCCCAAGAGGGGCAACUUGGUGGUGGUGGGGGUUUGAACUAGGGAUCUUCCAGACCAUAGUCCAGUAGAUCUUAAGUACUGAGCUUUGAGUUUGGUCUUUAGCAAGUGAAAAGCAGCUCAGGGUGGUUGAGAUCAGGUGUCUGACUCUGCCCUUUUUAUAACAUCAUUAUUAUUAUUGUUUUUUAAUAAUCAGCAUUUGACUGAAUCUGAGCAGAAAGUAGAUUCAGUCUAUACACUUCAGAAUUCAUUUUGCUGCUUCUAUCAGCAGGCACAUCACCAGUAAGACUCUCUGCAGCCAGAUACGUCACUGCCGUAAAACUACCUCCACCAUGUUUGUUGAUGAUCAUGAACGUCCAUCAUUCUGCUACAAGUUUGCCUUAUAUUAGAACUUUUUUUUUUAAGUUUUGGUGAGAUUUCCAAUGCCUUUGGUGCAAUGAACA